GCGAAUAUGUCAUCGGAAUAUGAUAAAGUAAAAGUUGGAAAAUUGGUACUAAAAGGAGAGAAACACAAGAAAAGUAAAAAACGCAAGAAGGAAAAGGAACACAAAGAUGACAAGCACAGUAAACGUAGUAAGGUACAAGUGGAUGAAGAUGCCCUCAAGCAUGGCGGUUGGUGGCAGGCAAAGUUGACAUCAGAAAUUACCGGUCCCGUGGCCAUACAAUUCGGGGAGCAUUCCUAUGUUAAGGCAUUGGAUAAUGGCUUGUUUACAUUGGGAGCACCCCAUCGUAAUGGCGAAGGACCUGAUCCGGAGGAAAUUUUUACAGCAUUUCCCAUUAACGAUCGAAAAGUGUCUUUUAAAUCCGGAUAUGGUAAAUAUUUAAAAAUCGAAAAAGAUGGUAUGGUUACAGGACGGUCAGAAGCUGUUGGCAGUCUGGAACAAUGGGAACCGAUAUUUGAAGAUGGAAAAAUGGCUUUGCUAUCCGAUUUGGGAUUUUUUAUGUCAAUCGAUCCGGAAGAUGAUGCCUGUGUGGCGUUACGUAAAAAAGUGACCAAUUUGGAAAUAUGCACGGUUCGUUGCAAUAAUCCAAGAGAAACGGUGGUCGAUGAGGAACCGCAAGAGGAAAAGGGUGAUUUGUAUGAGGUGGAAAAGAAUUAUGUGAAAAAGUUCCAAAAAUUCCAGGACAAAAAAUUGCGCAUCAACAAGAAUGAUAUCAAGGAAUUGGAAACGGCCAAAGAAAAGGGUACAUUACAUGAAGCUCUGUUGGAUAGACGUAGCAAAAUGAAAGCUGAUCGUUAUUGCAAAUAGACUA